AAGUUUUUUUUUUCAAAUUUUCGUAGGUUUUAGAUUGAAACUCUCCGCCGCUGCUCCCCGUGUCAUCGUCUAGUAGAGAAACGAAUUUUUGGCCACCGCAGCUAAGUCUGCUUAUAGGGUGGCUAAAAAUAAACCGAAAGGGAAUUCCGAAAGUCCGACGCGUUCCGAAUAGGUCGGCAUUAAAUCGCGGACUCGUGAGGUGACGUUUCUCUCGUGGUUCUCUUUGUACAAAAUCGGCCCUGAUAUGGGCAAAAGCCGACGACUGAACAAACUCAUAUCGAAAUGGAUAAAGAGCGAUCUGCCAGAGGAUCGCUCGCCGGUCAUUCUUCUUGGAGUCACUAGGCUGUCACCCGCUUCAUCUCCCCUACGGACGAGACGCCCCUUCUCUCUACCGUUAGCGCUGGGGGCCGUAUCGAACUGCUCCAAAAACUCUCAGGUGCGACGCAACUCGUCCGUAUCGUCUGACAACAGUCGCCGACGCCCUUACGUCAGCAAGCGACGCGCCAAUAACAACGGCGAUUGUCGACCCCGAUCGGCGCCCCACCAGAUCGUACCCGUCGAGACGCCCGAGCCGUCACCCGAAAUUCGUCCUUCUGCGGCCGCGAAAAAUGUUAUCGGCACGCCACUGAACGUCGCAGCUACGUUUCCGGUUCCGGCGAUGGACACGUCGGUCGACUCGAUCGGCGCCUGUUCGCUGGACAUGGAGGCCUCCGUCGAAAUGUCAGAUUGGUCCGAAGUGUCCUCCGACGGAACGCUGCGUAGCGCGAGUAUCGUCACCCCUAUCGAUCGGCAUCACCACCACCAUCUACCGUCUUAUCUGAGUUUGGCCUGCACGGUUAAUGGUUAUUCCACUACCACCAAUUACGAUCCGAUCAGACUCGCGAGGUCGCGAGACGCAUCGCCUCACAGGCCCGAAACGGAUCACCAAUCGUUGGUGAACCAGCACCCCUAUUCCGCGAAACAAAACUUGCUGUCGCCUCCGAACGUGGUUCCCCUACCGGAUCAGAACGGUACUGCGAUGACGGACAACCUACUCGAUCGACACCGUCACGAGGAGUUUUAUCGUAGCACCACCAAGACGACGUUUCUAGCUCAAGAAUCUAGUUUCACGCCGGAUAUAUUCGCCAAGGACAGUGUCGACUCGUGCGCGGAAUUAAAAUCCCAAUCGAUUCAAAGCAAAUGUGUGACUUUCGAAAGCAACGCGGUUACCGCGUUGGAAUCGACCGUAAGAAAAGAAUUUAGCAACGGUACCGAGACCAAAUCGUCAAUCCAGCAGCGUGUCGAGAGGCUGUACGGUCCGGGAGCCCUCGCCCAGUGCUUCGUGUCACCGAGACCGAAAAAACAUCAUAAUCACGAAUCGGAAUACCGAGAGACCGAAGAUAGACACUCGAAAUCUUUGGACGAAGUAGGAGAUGCCAAGAACGGAUGCUAUUUCCUGAAAAUUAUGGACGAGCAAACGUCCAUCCAGAAGCGUGUCGAGAGGCUGUACGGCCCGGGAGCUCUGGCCCAGUGUUUCGUAUCACCUAGACCGAAAAAACAUCAUAGUCACGAAUCGGAAGAUCGAGAGGCCGAAGAUAGACAUUCGAAAUCUUUAACCGAUAAGCUGUUGGAUGACAUAGGUCGCGAAACGUCAAUGAAACAAAGCUCGAGCAGUCCAUCGUUGCCAGUGUUGCGGCACCUGAGGCCCGAAUUUAGGGCGCAGUUACCGAUAAUAAGUGGUCGGAAGAGUACCCAGACGUCGAUGCAGAAAAGCCUAACAGUUCCUAAGUUACAUAGUGAAGGGGCGAACGUCAACGGCCAUUCGAAUAUUAACGAGGAACAGCGUCACGUGUCUGACGUCACCACCGCUGUCAAGGAAAAUGGAUGUUCGAAGCAAUCAUUGAAUGAAGUGGGGGAAAACAAGAACGGAUACUAUUUCUUGAGAAUACUGGACGAACAGACGUCGAGACUGAGCGAGUUGGCCGACAAGGUAGAAAGCGAACUGACAAACGCGGAACUAUCGGAAGAGGUGGUCGGAAAGUUGAGAUCCGCUUCCGGCAAGGCGAGAUUGCUCGUUUCGCAGAAGAUGCAGCAGUUUAGGGGAUUGUGCACGAAUAACAUCAAUCAGAGUCCAGGGGAUGCAUUCCCGACCACCAACGAAGAUCUGCAAGGUUUCUGGGACAUGGUGAUGUUGCAGGUGGACCAGGUGGAUAAAUUAUUCGACGAGAUAGAAGCUUUGAAAGCGAACAAUUGGAAAGAGGUACCUAGCAAAAAGGGCCCGACCAAAGUAAACGGAGCGAGCAAGGCGUCCCGGAAGGGGGUUUCCAAGCCGAAAGCGACGUCCACCGUAACGGACGAAGCCAGAAAGCAACGAGAAGAACAAAGAAAACGAUUGAUCGAAGAGAGAAGGAAAGCGAUGAAAGCUCAAAGAACCAAUAGGUCUAAUAUUGAAAUUUUCGUACAGGAAUCAAGCUGAGAUUAGUAGAAAUACCUUUUUUGUUUAUAGAAAAAAUUAUAUGUCAUUUACAUUCGGCUCUACUCACUCACUUUACAUAUAUUUUUUGUUCUAAUUGGAUAUGUUAUGUGGUCCCGGUCAGAAAGAUUUUUUUACAGAGUAUUAAUAUAAUCGAAACUGCAUUUCAUUUUCUAACGCAUUGUUUUAAUUUUCGGUUCGAGUAUUCACCCGCUCGGGCUUUUUAAAAAACAACGUCUAACGAACUGUAAAGCAAUUUUUAGCACAUUCGAGUCUGGUAAAAAUGUUUUGUGCUUUCCUAAUAACGGGCGCAAAACCGCGCAAUAAAUGACGAAUUUUAAUAUUAGAUUGAAAGAGAUAGAUAUAUACUUGCGAUUUUAGGGUUUAGCCGGAAGGAAGCAAGACUGAAGAUUAAAUGCUACCUUGUAUUUAUUACCAAACAUAACCAAAUAAAAGUUGUUUACAUUCCCAGUGUCGUUAUAUGAUGUAACUGCUGCUGGUUUUUUUCUGUCUCUUAUUAUAUUUCGUCCCUUUUUGUUGUAUACACUUGUUGAGAUUUAUGGGUUUUUGGAAUUUUUAUAAUGCAAUUAGUGAAUAUUUAUUUCUUACGUUGAUAAUUAGCUUGUACUUUUUCAUAUUAUAUAACAUUAUAAAAUAUAAAUUUUUUUAAACAACUCGUUGGUAUUAUUUUCCCACCACCAUAGGUUUGGUUUAAAAAUUAGAAUCAAGUUAUGCACAACAAAAACUAAGCUGCGUAGAAUGAGAAACCAAAACGACUUAUCUCAUCUGUCAACUGUCAGUUUGAUGUCGGCCAUUCUGCAAUAUUGAAUUUUACUCUGGUUGCCGUGAACAUGGAGCAAAAAAAAGUGAAUAAAAUACACCAGCUACUUUCGGAAUAAGUAAAAAACAGAUACUUAGUCAUAGGUAUUCCUUAAGACCUUUGUCCUUUUGGUAUUUUGGUUCUUGAUACAUCGACAUCUCUAAAGUUAUACAUAUACGGCAAGAGUUGAUUAUUUAAAGAUCCGUUGUUCUGUCGGUUAAACAUAGCAACACACAGCCGAUUACUAUAUCCAAUUCUUACAAAGUCAGCUUCAUAAAGAUAUUGAUGAAGGUAAUACUUAAAAGAAUGUUAGCUGUUUUUUUUUUCAAAUUAUUCUCACAGAUUCUCUUGAGAUGUCUAAUUCUCAUGCCACUUCUCUUAGCGACGUAGCUGGAUUUACGUUGACGUAUUCCACAACAUUUAUUUCCAUUUCUCCACUUACAAUCAAAUUAUCAUGUCGAUUAUUUGGUGUAUUUCUCAUUUUCAAUUCGAGCUUUGUAAAGAAAGAAUGUGCAGGAAGGCGACGUCCCGGAUAGCGGGCUGCAUACAAUGCACGGGCCUGUCGGGAGUUUUUCGUGCAUUCCCCGUAUAUCAGAAACAUAUCAACUUUUCCUACAUUUGUAAACUGAUUAUUAUUUUCCAUGAAAAUCCAAAUCGAUAACACGACAAAAUCGAUAAUCAGAUAAAAAUGUACAAACUGUCAGAAUUUUCAAUCAUGUAGACUUGAUGAUGAAUAGAGGCAAAGCCAGCUAAGCAAUAUUUUGUUUAUAUAAAAAUGUAUUUACUUAUCUGGUAUUUUUCUUCCUAUGAGCUGAGUUUUUGACGGAUUGAUCGUAUUUGCUAUCCCAUAAGAGGAAAUCGUCUCAGACGUCAAAUCUAUCCUAAACAAACUGGCAUCUCGAACAGAUAAUAAA